UUCCGCUCUUGUAGUUUGUAAACACAGCGAUGCAGAGUCUGUAAGGGGAGACACUUCAAUAAGAAGAAGCAACACGAUGCGUUAGCGUUUCAGUGACAUUUUCCGUUUGGGGGCGAUGGACUGAGACAGUACCUCAGACGGCUUUAAGUAAUACAGGAUCACCGUUUUUUGUUCUUCGUUAUUGUGCUACAUCGCAUCUACGUACUGAUAUUUGUUUUUCUCAGAGCAAAUCAUUCCAGUCGUCCUUCUUCGCCCUCCCCCUCCUCGGGGGGAAAGAAAAUACAGCAAAAACGCCAACGUCCCUUGUCCCUCUCCGACGCUAGAGCCACUGGCGCUCAAUGGGGAACUGCCUGUCGUCUCAGACCGCUGAUGAUCUGUCACUGCUGAACGAGUCGGACGGUGCCAGCCUUCCCGGAGAGCCGCCUCCGCCUUACCAGGAGCAUGCCCAGGUUCCAGUGUACCAUCCUACCCCAAGUCAAACCCGACUUGCCACCCAGUUGACGGAGGAGGAACAGGUUAGAAUCGCCCAAAGGAUUGGCCUCAUCCAGCAUUUGCCCAAAGGAAUCUUUGAUCCUGGCUCUGAGCCUUCAGAAAAGAAAGUGAAGGAAUGCGUUAUCUGCAUGAUGGACUUCGAAUAUGGAGACCCAAUCAGGUUCCUGCCUUGCUUGCACAUCUACCACGUGGACUGCAUCGAUGACUGGCUGAUGCGUUCGUUCACCUGCCCGUCCUGUAUGGAGCCUGUCGACGCAGCUCUGCUCUCUUCAUAUGAUAACUGAGAGGCCCGAGCCGAGAGGCAUGCCGGCACAGCUAAUCGCUCACACCUGCCUGGACUGCCCCCUUCAGCUCUACGGUUUUACUGAAAGUGGGCAGCGUCACAAUGUAAGGUUGGAACGCUGCAGGAGGAGAGGAGUGUAGAGUGGCGUCUCUCAAUCUGCCUUUGAGCGCACAGCACCAAAGUGAUCCUCAUAAGUUGGGGUGGGUGGGUGGGUCGGGGGGAUAGAAAUAGUAAUAAUUUAUAAUAACGCUGCUCUUAGACAGACUGUGAUUACUGUUACAUUUGACCUGAAUGACUUCAAAUGCAAGAGAGGUUUCUUCCUCCGUGGUGUGAGGAGAUGAGAAUGGAUUGCACUACUAAAUAUUGAUGAUGUCUUUUUUUUUUUUUUGCCCCCCCCCCCCCAGAGUGUUCGUGAUGCAUAUAUAUAUAUAUAUAUUUUUUAUUAAUGGGUAAGAAUAGUGUAGAUGGAUUUCUUUCAGCUGUCUAUAAAUUCUGUUUGUAAGAUGUAAUUCUACAAUUUUACAUGCAGGGUGUUGUAGCAUAAGCACGCGCCACCACGUCUGUCACACGCUUUAAUGAUGCUGUGUGUCACCAGUCAGACGCCUUGAUGGGUGCGACGCAUUGCCUGUCCGCCUCAUGAUUUCCUUCAGAGGACACGUGAGCAUUUCAGGUUUGCCCGUCAUAUAUAUUUCCUUGUUGCAUCCGUCCGCGUCUCUCCCUAUGCUUUAAACAGCUGUGUGUGUGUGUAAAGUUUACAGUCUUGGGCUGUUUGAUUAAAUAACAAGGAAAACCAAUGGUUUCAAAAUGUUAUCGGCUCCUUUCCUCUUCUGCGUGAAACAUCUUGAGAUUGAAACAAAAACAAAAAGCCACAUUUUCAGGAAAGGAAGGAAAUAAUUAGCUUUAGUAGGUUUAGCGUGGCCCACGAUGGCGGUCUUACAGUGGAAUUAAAUGGAGGACGGACUUCCAGAUUAACCGGAAAGAGCUGCCAGUCAGUCAGCAUUGUCGAGGGCUCGCCUGAGGACAGACGCAUGAGGGUGCUGCUCCUUAACCUGUGUGUGUGUGUGAGACAGAUGAGCCACUACACAUUUGACACAUGCUCUGCCAGUGUUUCUGUGACAGUCAUAUAAAUGAUGGGAUGGGCUGUGGACGUUGCACACGGCGUAAACUUGUAAAUGUGUAAUAUUGUAAGAUGGAGAAAAUGUUCAGGGGUACUCUUGGCAUCUUUACCCAUCACGUAUGUGAACCUUUUAUUUGAAGAAUUUUUAGAACUUUUACAUUGACCGACUUGCUCAGGGGGUCUUGUAGAAAGUCGAUGUGCUUUUUAUGUAGAACCUUGUGCCCUAUGCCAGCUGGGAUAGGCUGUGGCGCCCCCUGUGACCCUGUUCAGGACUAAGCGAGUUUAAAACAAAUAACCGACUGAGCUUUCUAUAGUGGACACCAUCCCAAGGCAGUUGUCGUGCUAAGCUCAAAUUCUUUUACGCUGUGAGGACUGUUUAGAUAACGAGAUACGCUCAGAGCUGCACGGUAAGGCGAGUCAAG